AUGAGAAUUUUUCCUUCUCUGAUCCCACUGCUGGCUGCAAGCAUUGCUGCAUCUCUAUCAAGCCAAAACGAAGUCAAGCAAACGACAUCCUCCCUCAACAGUAUUGGUGCGGUUGCAACGGGCGGAGUCAAUGAGCCUUUAAAUAAUGAGCAUGGUCUCGUUGGAGAGGUCAAAACGGCCCAUGACUCUCCUAAAACCCCCGGGGAGGGUAUCAUAUCUUCAAUUGUAAACAAGGUCACGCAAGCAAUUCCAGAUGAAGUUCCCGGUACAAUGACGACUUCAUUAGAUACAUUGACUACAACUGAAUCUAGUUCAAUUCCACAGUCACAUCCAACUGUUUCAAGCUCAUCUGGUGACAGUGGAGCCUUUGGAAGCCUUGGGGAUGCCUUGUCUGGUAUUUUGGGCGACAGCGGUUCGGAUGGAUCAGUGGAGUCCAUGAUCUCCGAAGCAGAAACUAUUAUGAAGAAUGUUGGCAGUCUUUUUACUCCCACUUUUGUUAAAGAUGCCAGCGGCUUGGUCAGUCAGGCCUCGAGCUUUUUCGACGACGGAACCGUGAACGAUACCAAAGCAAUGAUUAGCACCAUUGCAGGGCUCAAGCCAUUACUUUCCUCAACAAAUGGAGAUGACUUUUGGUCUAUCUUUCAGAACGGCACUUUUCUUCACGACAUCGACAACAUCAUCCAGGAUAUCAUUGCUCUUCCGCCGAUCAUAGAAGAGAUCGUCAAAAUUUUGACAAGUAACGAUAUGAAAGACUUCCUCAAAGCAUUCCCGUCAAUCCUUGAUGGUCUUAUGCCUAUUUUGAAUCCGGAAUUGCUGAAAGCAAUUGAGUCUCUGAUCACAACAAAUGUAACACCGCAAUUUGUCAACGACUUGUCGUCAAUACUCAGUGCCGUGCGACCGCUCGUUCACGAUCUUCAGCCAGCCCUAGGAAACGACACAAUACGAACUCUCUCGAAUCUUGUCAAAACCAUUGUCUCCCCAGAUUUCAUCAAUGAAAUCGACAGCCUAUUGAAUAAAUUACCGCCAAUCCUGGAAGAAAUCAUACCCCUUCUUGGCUCGGAUGUCAUAAACCCACUCAUCAACCUUUUCAAAGAGAUUUUGACGCCAGAUCUCAUAAAGGAACUUGCUUCAUUGGUCAACGACUUGCCGGUUCUUCUAAAGGACCUUCUGUCUUUAGUCAAGCCACUUGAAGAUCUCAUCACCGACAUUUUGACACCGGAAUUUAUCAGUGAAAUCAAGCCUAUCUUAAAGAGUCUACCCUCAAUUAUCAAUGACCUGUUGCCUCUUGUAAAGCCACUGGAAGAUGCUCUGACGAGUCUUUUGACAAAGGAGUUUAUCGAUGACAUCCGCACUUUGCUCAAAGAUUUGCCCCCCAUCUUACAUGAUUUCUUGCCUCUCUUGAGCUCAGCCAUCAUCCAACCUAUUGGCAACCUCUUGAAAGAAAUCCUAACCCCCGAGUUCAUCAAAGAGAUUGGAGCACUUAUCAGCGCAUUACCGCCCAUCAUCAAGCAGAUAGUUCCUCUUCUCGACCCACUUGAGGGUUUGAUCAAGGACGUCUUGACACCUCAGCUUCUGAAAGACGCCACGUCAUUAUUAAAACAAGUUCCUGGGCUGCUAAGCAAUCUGCUGCCACUGGUUCCAAAGGUUGUGGAGCUUAUUAAAGAAAUCCUCACUCCUGACGUGAUUGACACACUUGGUCAAGCAAUUGAUGGACUGCCCGGCCUUCUUAAAGCUGUUUUGCCCCUCUUGCCGACAGCUGAAAAUCUCAUCAAAGAAGUCUUGACACCUCAGCUUCUGAAAGACGUCACGUCGUUAUUAAAACAAGUUCCUGGGCUGCUAAGCAAUCUGCUGCCACUGGUUCCAAAGGUUGUGGAGCUUAUCAAAGAAAUCCUCACUCCUGACGUGAUUGACACACUUGGUCAAGCAAUUGACGGACUGCCCGGCCUUCUUAAAGCUGUUUUGCCCCUCUUGCCGACAGCUGAAAAUCUCAUCAAAGAAGUCUUGACACCUGCUUUCAUACAGGACAUCAAGUCAUUGCUUGGACAAGUACCUGUUCUUCUCAACACCCUUCUUCCUCUCAUCCCGUCGAUCGAAGACUUGAUCAAGAAGGUUGUAACUCCAGAUUUGAUCAGUGUCCUUGAAUCGGUCAUCAAUGCAGUGCCAGGGCUUGUGGAUCGACUGUUACCACUAUUACCAGCACUUGAAAGCUUGAUCGUCGACACUCUUACGCCCAACUUCAUCAGUGAGAUUAAGAAGGUUCUCGCUGCAGUGCCAGGGAUAUUGAAUGCUCUAUUGCCACUGAUUCCACCAAUUGAAAAUCUCAUUCCCAAGAUUCUGACAAAGGACCUCAUCUCCUCUGUUGAAUCUGUGCUCCAAGCUGUCCCUUCGAUUAUCCAGGAUAUACUCCCUCUGUUGAAUGGCAAUCUUAUCAAAUCAUUGGUCGACAUGGUUACCGCGCUUCUUACGCCACAAUUUAUCAAGGAUGUGGAAACAGUGCUCAGUGCAGCCCCACAACUGCUUCAUAGCGUGGUUCCAGUCUUCGGAAAUGACCUACUUUCUCCAGUGGAGAAUUUGCUCUCUACGGUAUUCACAGCCGAUGUGAUUCAAGAUGUGGGUGGACUGAUAGGAACUUUGCCGCCUCUUCUCAAUGAUAUGUUGCCGUUGUUCCACAAGGACAUCAUUGUGCCAGGAGAAAACAUUGCCAAAGAUCUCUUAAAGCCAACGCUCAUGAAUGACAUUGGAACGGUCCUCAACACCGUUCCAGACAUAGUGCAGAGCUUGCUAUCUGUCAUAGCUAGCAAUGCAGUUACUUCGAUCCUUGAUGCGGUACCAAAACUUUUGGAUGACCUUCUCCCAUUGUUGAAUGGCGAUUACAUUUCAAAACUUGUCAAUGACCUGGUCAACAUCCUGACUCCCGAAUUUAUUAACGAUGUUGGGAAAGUCCUGGCUUCAAUACCGGGCCUCGCAAAGGCGGUUUUGCCAAUCUUCACGGGCAAUAUUCUGACAACACUCGUACAAAACUUGAUUCCUUUAGUGAAGGCUGUGGCCGCGGUAGGUCAGCUUUUAUCAAAUUAUCCAUCUCUAACUAACUGA